AUGGUGACAUCAAAUACGGAACAGAAUUUGUCUUCUGCAUGUGGCACAUCCUUCUUUGGCGUUAAUGAAAGCUGUCUGGAGCUGUGCUGCAAGGUGAGGACCAUGGAUGCUUGUUCUCGUGUCAGAGGAGUCCGGCCUCGUGCCGCAGUCCGAAAAGAGAUUGUGCGUGAGAGUUGGGUGCACAAUGUUAAGAGCCUUCGACACAAAAAGGAUCUAUGCAGCAUUUGCCUCGAACUGCCGACCAGAGACACCACAAGGCUGGCAGAGAUUAAUUUUGUGUGUCUGCCAAGUCGGUGUGAGGGAGAGGAGGCCAGUCAACAGACGCUGCAGUCUUUACCCAUGGGCCUUUGCGAGCUCCUCCAGCCGCAUCACGUCCAAAGCCUCAAACAGGACGAGGUUCUGCUGCUGAGAGACUAUCGCCGGAUAUCAGACCACAAGGAUGCAGCUACACAGGUUCUCUGUAAGGCUGUGUGUGUGAUGAGGAACAGUCCCAGACCUGUUAUAUCUGCUCAGUCCAGUGUCUCUCACCUCCUGGGCCUGCUGGGCUGCUACAUGGCCGGAAUCCGAUAUGCUUUAGAGACAAAGGGAUUCUCUGGAGGCAGGCAACAGGAGGAGGACGACACCAAUCAAUCCGUAUCCUCUAUUGAAGAUGACUUUGUGACUGCUCUGGAGCACCUAGAGGAUGAUGACUCUAAAGACAAGCCUGGAGCAGCUUCCUUUCGGUAUUUGAAGAAGCAUGAUGUGGCAUCUCAAACAAUUCCAUCUCAUAAGAGAAAAAAAGAGUUGUUGGGCUCACGCAUUAUCAUAAGUUCAGCCCCAAAGAAACAUCCAGAAAUGUCUGUCACAGUGCAGAAGUCUGAGGGCAUGGAGUCCCAGUGGACCAUCUGCAGCCCCAAAGCUCGACUACCAUCCCCAUGCGACCACAUCAGCGAAUCAGACGAGUCCAACUGCUCCAGCCCUAGCCCAAUCAUUUUCCUGGAUGAUGUAGACCACAAAGCAGCCUUUGCUGAAGAAAUGGUCUCUAUGGCCAUGGCAGUGGCCAAACGUGAGCUGAGCAAUACCAGUCUAAACGCAGAUAGUGGUAUUGGAUAUGAUGGCACGAGCUAUGCUGAAAGCCUGACUGCAGAGAUCAUGACCUCUGCUUUAACCAACGUCUGCCAGGCCCCCAGCAGCCGAUCUCAGGGUCGGGAAGUCACAGAGUCUACGGUGUCCCAGCAGCUGAGUGUGGGAGAUGACAGUCUGGGCAGCUGGUCAAACAUAAGUUUUGAAGAUGAACAUCCAGAUGAAAACAGCAGCUUCCUUCACCUCAGUGACAGCAAUGGGAACAGCAGUAGCUGGAGCAGUCUGGGCUUGGAGGGAGAGGCGUGUGACGAGUGCCUGUCCUCCCCCUCAGACAGUGACCACAUCGAUGAUAAAGACACAGAGAAUAAGGACGAAUCCAUUGGGACUGUCUGCAUAGAUCGGACAGAGGCGCAGGCUCCCAGAAUGGUAUUGGUCAUUCUGAACUCGGAUGUAGUGGAACGUGGGCGGGGCCUUGAUGUGCAGCUAAGAAGCCUGCUCCAGUGGGUGGCAGCUUCUAUGGCAGAUGUGCCCCAGAUCCAACUCAGCCCAGACAGAGAGCUACAGCAGUUGCCAGCAGUGGUGCAGAAGCUGCGGGAGAAGAGGUGGCAUGUAGGGGAGCUGCUUCACAUUCUGCUGCGUUACUGUGAGGAGAGCCCAGUGCAGAGUGAGCCCCCAACCAGAGAGGACGCUCUGCAGGCAGGCAGAGACACCCCCCAAACCCCCCUGUUCCAGUGGCUCCUGGAGAUUGCCUAG